AUGAAUCCAGCUGACCGUUCUCGAUUCACUUUGGAGACGUGCGUUAAGCAUAACUAUGAACAAGUUACAAGCGGACUGGGUUUGUGGUGGGAGACGCACAUUUGCAGGGUGGAAGGUAGCGAAGAGGCUGAUUAUGAGUGGGACGAUGGAGCCGUAAAUGAUUAUUACAAAGGUGAAAUGCCCGAAUGGCUGUCUGAUGACCAUCAGCAACGAUGCUACGUGGUUGAACAAUCAGAGCUUCAGGACAAAAAAAAUUGGUGGCUGCCUCUCUUGACUGAAUUUGCCUUCUACACAAAAUGGAAUGGAACCCUCAGGGCGAGAGAUAUUGCGGAAUGCAGAUCUUUGAUUACUGGUUGUGGAAACUCUUGAUGAAGAAGCUGAGAAAGAGCCGAGUGAUAAGCUCAAUGCGGCCAAUGCAAUCUUCUACAUAACUUUUGAGUGCGUGGAGGAUCCAACGAAAGGUCGUUACAGGGCGGUUUUACGGAAGACGAUGGAUGGGAAACCUGGGCACAUGCGCCUCGAGGUUAUGUGUUGGUGCAUGAGCGAGAGAGCCGAAG